AACAAAUAACUCUGAUAUUAGAAGAAUUAAACUUUUUACUUGAAGUUUACAUUGACAGAGAUUUAGAUUUAAACAAAACCUUAGCUAAUAUACCUAUUAUAGCAGAAAUUUAUGCAAACUUCAAACACGCAA